GGAAGUGGAGCGCGGGCGUCGGUUGGGGCCUAGCUGAGGCGGGCGGCGGCGCUCGGCUGUCGGGGAGGCGGCGGCCGCUCGGGCGGCGUCCUCAAGACGGCGGGCAUGGUGGGGCGGCAGAAGGAGCUCUCCAUUCACUUCGUGCCCGGGAGCUGCAGGCUGGUGGAGGAGGAAGUUAAUAUCCCCAAUAGGCGUGUUCUGGUCACUGGUGCCACUGGGCUUCUUGGCAGAGCUGUACACAAAGAAUUUCAGCAGAAUAACUGGCAUGCCGUUGGCUGUGGUUUUCGAAGAGCAAGACCAAAAUUUGAACAAGUUAAUCUGUUGGAUUCUGAUGCAGUUCAUCACAUCAUUCAUGAGUUCCAGCCUCAUGUCAUAGUGCACUGUGCAGCAGAGAGAAGACCAGAUGUUGUAGAAAAUGAGCCAGAUGCUGCUUCGCAACUUAAUGUGAAUGCUUCUGGGAAUUUAGCAAAGGAAGCAGCUGCAGUUGGAGCAUUUCUCAUCUACAUUAGCUCAGAUUAUGUAUUUGAUGGAACAAAUCCACCUUAUAGAGAGGAAGAUAUGCCAGCUCCCCUGAAUCUUUAUGGCAAAACAAAAUUAGAAGGAGAAAAGGCUGUACUGGAGAAUAAUUUAGGAGCUGCUGUCUUGAGGAUUCCAAUUUUAUAUGGUGAGGUUGAAAAGCUUGAAGAAAGUGCCGUGACUGUUAUGUUCGAUAAAGUGCAGUUCAGCAAUAAGUCAGCCAAUAUGGACCACUGGCAGCAGAGGUUCCCCACACAUGUCAAAGAUGUAGCCACCGUAUGCCGACAGCUGGCAGAAAAGAGAAUGCUGGAUCCAUCAAUUAAAGGAACCUUUCACUGGUCUGGCAAUGAGCAGAUGACUAAGUAUGAAAUGGCGUGUGCGAUUGCAGAUGCCUUCAACCUCCCCAGCAGCCACUUAAGACCUAUUACUGACAGCCCCGUCUUAGGAGCACAACGUCCAAGAAACGCUCAGCUUGACUGCUCCAAAUUGGAGACCUUGGGCAUUGGACAGCGGACACCAUUUCGAAUUGGAAUCAAAGAAUCGCUUUGGCCUUUUCUCAUUGACAAGAGAUGGAGACAGACGGUUUUUCAUUAGUUUCGGUGUUACAUUUUUUUGUUGUUUUUAUGUGGCACUUUGUAAAGAAUAAAGGAAAUAGUUUUGUAUGAGUACUCUAAUUGUGACUCGUAAUGAUCUUUCAGGUAAAAGAUGCUCUUGCACUAGUGAAAUUAUCUAAAGAACCUGAAGGGCAGCGCUGCUGUGUCUGCAGGGAUACCUGUCCUCUGCACCGUUGUAUUCCGGCUUAACCUUCAGCUUUAGUGUCGUGAAUUAGGAGAGCCAGGGCGAAACAUCUGUAGACUUUUUUUUUUGACUUCAGUAAAAUACAUUCACUCCUGUAACCUACUUUGAGGUUUUCCAUAACUGUUGACCUUAUUCUGAUAAUUGUUUUAAAGUGUAUAAAAUAGUAUGAGAAUCAUUGGUGUUCAUUAUUAUUAUUUUUGCUUGAGCUCAGAUCAAAAUGUUUGAAGAAAGAAACUUUAUUUUUGCAACCUGAGUAUGGUUUUUAUGCUUGAGAUAUUUCGAUGUGUAAUGUAUAUCGGAACUACCACUCGAUGCCUCCUGCUGUUGCAGCAGUGUAUGAUGAGCACAUGGGAGAGUGUGUGUAAGUUUUAAAUAUAAAUGUCUAACUUUCCUUUUCACUCCAUGUUGCUAAGUAAUACUUCAUACAUGUGAUUAUUCUAAUGCUAUUGGGCCAUGUAAGUCCUUUGACAUGAAAUUUCAUAAAUAAUAAAUAUGUACUGCUGGCAUGUAAUGCUUAGUUUUCUUGUAUUUUCUUUUUUGAAUGUAAGGACCAAAUAUCUAUACUAACCUCCUGUUGGUUUAACUUUGCAUUCUUAUGUAACAUCUAAUGCAUAUAGAAGAAUAUAAUUGAUAUAUUGAGAUACAGAAUGCCACAAUAAAUGCAAACCUGUGAAUCUCCCCCCAGCUCCCAGACUUGAGAUGUAGAAUAUUAUAGGUACUGUAUCUGCUUGUGCCAACUGAUUGCUUCUGAUUGUAAUGAAAAUAAAUAUAUAGUCUUGUUA